AUGGGGCCCCUGGGCAAUAGGGGGAUCAUGGUGCCCCUGUGUCCUUGUGCAAACUCAAAAAAGCCUAUGAAAAAGGUACCAGGUGCAUCUCAUGGGGCCCCCUACUGACCCCGGGACCUCGGGCAGUGCCCGAGUUUCCAAAUGGUCAGUCCGCCCCUGUCAAAAUGUAUUCUGCGACAUUUGUUUGGUGAAAAUAAUAAUAAUAACUGAAUUUGUAUUUUUUUUAAAUGUUUCUUUUAUUUUUUAUUACAUUUUUCUUUUUUUUUUUUUUAUUUUUCAGCACACUGUAACCAAAGCAAUACAAUGUUACCAUAGUAACACUGAACUGCUCUGG